CGAUUUUUGUGCAUUUAAUGGCUGAUCGAUUUUCUUCUGAAUUUGAGCAAAGAUAUCACCAAACUAGCUGUAUUUCUGACUAAAGAAGGGAUCCCAACAUGAAGCCAACACGAGGCAAGACCCCUAAGAAGACACCUCGAAAGCCCCCUAGCUGUGCUAAGGACCCUGUAGAGGUUUAUUGCAGGUUGAGACCAGUGCAAGAGAAUGAGGAACUGUGUAUUGAGGUCAUAAACAGCAACACAAUCCAACUCAAACCACCUGAGGGUUCUCAUGCAUUCAGAACUGGAAAUUACAAAGAGAAAUACUGCAGAACUUUGCUGUUCAUGUAUGGAGUGACGGGAUCGGGUAAGACGUACACCAUGCAGGGGACACCCACAGAUGGAGGAGUCCUGCCGAGGUGUCUUGAUGUCCUUUUCAACAGCCUCGGUGACCUACAGGCCAGGAAAUAUGUUUUCAAGCCGGACAGGGUGAAUGGCAUGGAUGUACAGACGGAGGCCGAUGCUAUGUUGGAGAGACAGAAGAAGGAGUUGAUGCCUCCGCCGGUAGCACCACGUACCCCACGCACUCCCAGGACACCACAAAGCGCUCGUGCGCCCAGCACACCUAGCAGAAAACCAAAGAAAGCUUUUCCGGACUUGGACAACUUUGUACGGGUACCGGACCCUACUUGCCUCAGCACCGUGGACGAGGAUAACAACUAUGCCAUCUAUGUUUCCUACGUUGAGAUCUACAACAAUCAGAUCUUUGACCUCCUAGAAGAGGUUCCCUACUCACUCCAUUCAAAGAAUCGUUGGAACAGAGAUGAAAUGGGUUUGACGCCAAGAAAUCUGAGAGAAGAUUGCAAUCAUAACAUGUAUGUUGCGAUGUGUACUGAGGUAGAGGUCAAGUCAACAGAUGAUGCGUAUAAGGUCUUCCUCAAAGGUCAGGCCAGGCGUAAGGUGGCUCACACCCAGCUGAACACAGAGUCAAGUCGUAGCCACAGUGUCUUCAAUAUCAGACUGGUCCAGGCACCCCUAGACUCACUGGGCCAGGAGGUCAUACAGGACAAGGACCAGAUUGCCAUCAGCCAGCUGUCUCUGGUUGACCUAGCAGGAAGUGAAAGGACCAACCGAACCAACAACACGGGGGACAGACUCAAGGAAGCCGGUAGCAUCAAUGCGUCGUUGAUGACACUCAGGACAUGCAUUGAGACAUUGAGAGAGAACCAGUCAGAAGGGGCCAACAAGAUGGUCCCUUACAGAACGUCCAAACUCACUCAUCUCUUUAAGAACUACUUUGACGGUGAGGGUAAAGUCCGUAUGGUGGUGUGUGUCAACCCCAGUGCAAAGGACUAUGAUGAAACCACUCAUGUCAUGAGGUUUGCAGAGAUCACGCAGGAAGUACAAGUAGCGAGACCAACGGAGGUCAGAUUUGACAUCGGUCUUACCCCAGGCAGGAGAAAGGCCAAUGAAGAAUACAAGAAACUUCUUGAGGAGAACGGUGGUGAUAUGCCACCUCCACCCCCACUUCUCUCCCUUGGACCACCGUUUCCACUCUUACAGAUUUCCGAUCCUUCGGACGAGGACACCCUCUCUAAUCUCAUUGCCUUUUUGGCGGAGAGACAGAAAAGGAGGAGAACCAUGGAGGAUGAACUUGCAAGAAAACAAGGCGCUUUUCGGGCAAUGCUGGUUGAAAGAGAUCACGAGUUGGAUCACCUCCGCACCACCGUCGCAGAGCUAUCAGCCAAACUGAGCUCUAAGACGCGGGAAAAUGAACGAAACGAGAAGCGCAUCCGUUCCCUGGAACAGGACAACGCCAUGCUGCAACGCACUCACAACAUGUACGAGAAAGACAAACGAGAGAUGGCUACAGAGCUUUCUGAGAAGGAAAAAAUGAUUCAGAUGGAAACGCAAGAAAGAGCUCGUCUGAAACAAGCCCUCAAGGGAGCCGUCAGUAACCAGAGAGAUAAAUGGGAAAAGGAAUGUGCUAAGAGGGUACGGCAGACGGAGCUGAAGAUGCAGACAGAGAUGUGGGUCCGGGAGGAGAAGCUCCGCCAGCUGAAGGAGAUCGUCCAGGGCCACGAGGAGGAGGAGAGCGCCAAAAAAGCAGCCAAGGAGGUGCUGGCUGAGAGCUUCAAUCGAUCCAAGUCACCUCCCCCGCAGAGGAAGACCAACCCACCACCGGUCAGGCUGCGACAUCGUCGAUCGCGGUCAGCCUCCAACAGCGUCUGGAUCGAUCACCAACCCGUUGAGACCCUGGACACAGAAACGGUCCUGCAGCCCAACAAAUCCAAGAAUGCCAAGCGUGUAUCCAAUCCAUCCAUGAAGGAUAUCAGGAAGACAGAUAACUACAUGCUGACCCACCAAGAGGAAGACUCCGCUGGAGAACUGGAGACCAAGAUCUAUAAGGCUGAAGUGAUACCAACCAGAGGCGGUGGACGGGCAGUACAGUUCACUGAUGUUGAGAAGUUGAAGUCGGAAGAUCCGCUGACCACCACGAGGACCAAACGAAGGGUGGAAGAUGACCCUGAGCAGUACAGUGGUGAAUGGACGGAUGUAGAGACAAGGUGUGCUGUUGGGCUUGAACACAAGGCUGGGUCUUCAACAAUAUCAGCUGUACACACUGUGGCCAACAAGAAGCACAAGAAAUCUCGUUGAAUUCCACCAUGUGCCUGGGGAGCAUUUCAUGAAACAAAGUAGUUGGUGAAUUUCAUUGACAACUGUUAAAAGCUACUGAAGUUCUUGCAUGUGAUUGGCCGAGUCCUAGUUUGUCAGUGAAAAAUCACUGACAAGAUGAACCAUGAAACAGUCUCCAGUUUCUUGCAAGAUUAUUUGGAAGCCAUCUUCAGGGGCAGCUUCUAAACCUCAGCAAUAAUACUACAGGAUGAAGGGGAUUCCCCUUAAAACUCUUAAUAAAACAGGGGCCCAUUUCAUAAAGAGUUAUAACUGUUGUAACUUUGCCGUUAUCGCCACUACCAUGGCAACGGGGCUCAGCAGCCAAUCAAAAUCAAGGUUACCAUGGUAGUUGCAAUAACGGCAAAGUUGUAGCCCUUUAUGAAACGGGCCCCCGAUGUAAAAGUGAGAGGUAAUUAUAUAAUCAGAAAUGCUUGCAUCAGAGCCACUAAUGUCACAAACUUGACCCUGUGCAUUAUAUGUUUUAUACAGACAUUUUGAUAUGAAUAGAUUUGCAGAUUUUUCAGAAUUAAGCAGUCAGUUAGGUAGGCUGCAGAUUUCCUUUGUGACAUCAUCACUGCUUUAGCAUAGCAAAGAAGUGUAUGGCUUCAUCUGAUAACCUUGGCAUAUAGAUAUACUCGUCUUCGUCCAGUGGGUUCAAAGGAAGCAGAAAUAUCUCACACAAUUUGCAUGAUCUAUUUUUAUUGCAAGUUAGUGAAAAAGAGAAGUUGAAAGAAAGAAAAACAAGGAAACGCAUAAUUGAUGGAAGAAAAGCUAAAAGAAGAGGAUACAUAAGAACUGAUAAAAGAUGAGAUAAGGGAAUGAUUAAAGAUAUUUUGUUAAAUAUCAGAAAUAGCAAAUGUAAUAACACCGGUCAAAGAAUCAAUGACCCCCCCUCCCUCACUUUUCGAAGUAUAUUAGUAUUUGAUUUGAUUGGUUCGCAUGUUUUUGCCGGGAUUGUAAAUACAUUUAGAAGGGAAAGAAUGCUAUUACAUUGAAUUAUUCCAUCAUUAUUUAUAUACCGAUGCUAUG